AUGCGGCCGAGCCAGUGUAUGCCUAGCCAGGAUGUCCUUCCGAUGGAGUGGAAGAACAAGCUGAAGCCUAGAUGUGUUUUUCUUUCUGUAGUGGACUGUUGUUGUAGUAAGGAGGAGAAACGUGGACUCCACAUUCCCUUCUUCUCUCCCGAGGCCUACGAGCCUGACCCUUUUCGCCGGAGCCGGCUUCGAUUGCCUCGGCGAGGUCUGCUGGCCACGGCCCACUCUCGCCGCCCAUCGUCUGGGCUCGACGAGAAGGAGAGUGGGAUUUUUGUGCAGAAGCCGAGCCUGUUGUGUUCAGGGCGAAGCGGCGGCGCAGGUCAGUGCGGUGCGCGGCGGCGGCGGCGGCGAGAGAAGAACAAGAAGAAGGCUGGAGAUGUUCCGUCGAAGAAUUUGAUGGCGGAGAAGAGGAGGAAGAGGCUGAAUGAUCGGCUCGCGAUGCUGAGAUCCUUUCCCUAGAUCAGCAAGAUGGAUCGGACUUCAAUACUCGGAGAUACUAUUGACUACAUGAAGGAGCUCUUAGAAAGGAUCAAGAAGCUACAAGAAGAGAUUGAAGUUGGUUCAGACAAGUCUCACAAUCUAUUAGGCAUCUUCAAAGAUUUGAGUCCUAACGAGGUUCUGGUCAGAAACUCGCCAAAGUUUGAAGUGGAGAGGAGAGAUGCAGAUACGAGAAUAGAGAUUUGCUGCUCACCGAAGCCGGGGCUGCUGUUAUCGACGAUUAGUACUCUUGAUGCUGUCGGGAUGGAGAUUCAACAGUGCGUCGUUAGCUGCUUCAAUGAUUUUGGAAUGCAAGCUUCCUGCUCCGAGGAUUUGGAGCAGAGGGCACUGAUGGGUUCUGAAGAGAUAAAGCAAGCACUCUUUAGGAAUGCAGGCUAUGGGGGGAGAUGCUUGUGAAGAGAAUCUCGGAAUGGAUUAGUUGUACUGUUAAGAGGGGGGGGAGAAAACAACUUUUAGAGUGAAUAAUAACUUUGUUUGAUUGAAUUGUUGCAGCUAUUUAGCCCCAAAACCCUUUUCUUCUUCAACAUCGGUGUAAUAUUUGGUUGGUUUUAGCUUUUAAAGGUGAGCAUCAAUCUAAAUGUGGGGGUGUUUUUCUACUUCA